AUGAACUGUUAUGAUAACAUAAGUAAUAGUGAUAGUAAUAGUAUCAAUUUAAAAAAAGAGUUACAUAAUACUUUAGUUGUAAUAGGAUUUAUUAUAGAAACAAUAUUAAAUGAUAAUAACAUAUUAGAAUCUGUGAAUAUAAAUGAUAUUUAUAAAACAUUGUAUGAUAUAUUUAAAAGUAGAUAUAUGUGCAUAUUAAGUAAUAGUAAUUCAUAUAAAGAAAAAGAUAAUACUGAUCAAAAUAAGGAAAAUUUAUUAAAUGAGGAAAUUAAAUUAAAAUUUACAAAAAUAUUUUAUGGUCAAAAAAAAAAAAAGGAGCUUAUUACUAUUAAAAAUUUAAGUUGUAUUAAAUAUGCAAUUGCAGGAUGUAUAUAUUUACAUGGGAAAAUAUCAAAUAAAAAUAUUUCAUUAAGAAAUAUUUUAAAUAUAAUUGAUUAUAAUAUAUCUCUAUUAAAUAAUAAUAUAUAUACAAAAUAUGGCAUAUCUAAAAGUUAUAUUAGAGAUGUAACUUCUAGCAUAAAUCAUUAUAAACCUAUUAUUAAGGAAAAUAUAUAUCAUGAGAAAGAAGAAAGUUUAAAGAUGGAAAGAAUUUGUUUAUAUUCUUCACGUUUUAAAUUAUCUAACAAUAUAUCAAAGUAUUCUUUAUUAUAUGAAUUAAUGUUUAUAACGAGAUCACCUUUUAUAAUAAAUAAAUUUCUUUUUUCAGUCUUUAACGAUGUUAUUUGUAUACCAAAUAUAAAUGAUAAAUACAACGAUGUUGUUAUUGUCAUAUCUUGUAUCCUAUUUGUAAAUCAUUUUUUUUAUCAUAUUAAUCAAAAAUAUAAAAUAAAUUCUCAAUUUUUUUGUUUUAUUAAGAAAAUAUAUCAAUAUCAAGUUGAAAAAAUUAUGAACAUAUUUCUACUUUUAAAUACAACUAAUCAUAUACAGGAAGUUAAAAAUAUUAUUUCACUCAUGAAAAAAAUUAUAUACUUAUAUUCUAUUAAAUAUUAA